AUGGCUUCCCAGGUUGUUAAUGAUGUUGCUACCAAGGGCUUCAACGAUGCGCAGUCUUAUGACACGCACCGGCCCUCUUACCCUCCAGAGUCUGUCAGUAGUCUCCUUGGGCACCUGGGGCUCGAGGGUAAAUCUGGUAGCAAGGUCCUUGACCUCGCGGCCGGUACCGGCAAGUUCACCGAGCUGCUGGCUGCGAGGCCCGAGGGGUAUGAAAUUGUGGCGGUAGAGCCUCUCGACUCUAUGCGGGACAACCUGGCGGCAAAGAAGCUCCCCAAUGUGGACGUCCGAGGCGGGACGGCGGCCGAGAUGAAGGAUGUGGAGGAUGGGUGGGCGGAUGGGUGUAUCGUGGCUCAGGCAUUUCACUGGUUCGCAAAGGAAGAAGCUCUCCAAGAGAUUCACCGGAUCCUCAAGCCCGGUGCCAAGCUCGGUCUGAUCUGGAAUGCCGAAGACUACAACCGCCCGGAGAGCUGGCCCCCGUCCACUCAGUGGGAGCACGAGCUGAGCGAGCUCAACUUCAACGAAAAGGCUGACAAGGAGCCCCGCUUCCGGCACUUGCUCUGGAAGAAGGUGUUUGAGCGCCAGGCUCAAGCAGAGUCGCCAUUCUUCACAACGCCUAUCGAGACUCAAAAGAUCAAGUGGUCGGUGUGGCUGACUCCGGAGGCUCUCUGGGACCGGGUGAACACGCUUAGCUGGAAUGCGAUCCGUGAGGGAGAGGAGAGGCGAGUUUUCAGAGAAAAGUUUGACAAGAUCGUUAAGGAGGGUGAUGGGACUUUCAAUGAGAAGGGCGAGAUUGAGGUCCAUGGGUGCACGUUCUUUGCAUGGACCACACGUCUGGAAGGAGCUGUGCGUUCUUGA